CCGGCGUUUAGCGCUGCCGUGAUGGGCGGCGAUCCGAGCCGUGCAGCUGCCUACAGGCCUGGCAGCGCCUGUAGCUCCCUGGUGCGAGAGCGGCUGCGGGGCUGACCUGGGGCAGGGGCCAUCAUGGCUGCGGGAUCGCAGCACCAGGAGCGCUUCCCUCCUGUCCUGCCGGUGCCAGUCACCACGCUCAGCACGUCGUGGCUGGAAGCUACACACACAAGCUACAGCAGCGCAGCGCCACAUCGUUAAUGGUCCGUGGGAGCUGGGUGCUUCCUUACUUUGAAACAUGCGGCCCCCAGCGACUGUCACUUGUGCAGUGACGUGACUGGGCCGGGCGACGCACCGAGGCAGGGAGGGGGGCUGGAUUAGGCCCUAGAAGUUCCUUGGUCCGUCCCUACAGUGUGAGCGCUCUGUGCUGCAAAAUGAAACUAGGAGCAGGAGGAGCUGAACCAAUGACUCUUGGUUCCCCCACCUCUCCAAAGCCAGGAGCUGGUGCUCAGUUCUUACCUGGAUUUUUAAUGGGCGAUUUACCAGCUCCAAUGACUCCACAACCUCGCUCUUUAAGUGGCCUUUCUGUUGGUGUGAUGGAAAUGAGGUCUCCUUUACUUACAGGUGGAUCUCCUCCACAACCAGUAGUUCCUACUCAUAAGGAUAAAAGUGGUGCUCCCCCUGUUAGAAGUAUAUAUGAUGAAUUAUCUAGUCCAGGACUUGGAUCUACACCUCUAACCUCAAGAAAACCACCCAGCUAUUCUGUAACGCAGAGUCCAUUGGUUGGAACUAUGCCAGCAACCCCUGGAACAGCAGCUACAGGUGUAUUUAGUCCUGCAAGUAUUGGACAGCCCAGAAAGACUACACUGUCUCCUGCUCAGCUGGAUCCUUUCUACACUCAAGGGGAUUCUUUAACCUCAGAAGAUCAUCUCGAUGACACCUGGGUAACUGUAUUUGGGUUUCCUCAAGCGUCUGCUUCCUAUAUUCUACUACAGUUUGCGCAGUAUGGAAACAUAUUAAAGCAUGUGAUGUCCAAUACAGGAAACUGGAUGCAUAUUCGGUAUCAGUCCAAACUGCAAGCCCGGAAAGCCUUAAGCAAAGAUGGAAGGAUUUUUGGUGAAUCUAUCAUGAUCGGAGUCAAGCCUUGUAUAGACAAAAGUGUGAUGGAAAGUUUUGACAGAGGCUCCGCAUCCUCCAUGUCUUCAGUCUUCACACCACCGACAAAAACCUUAGGCACACCGAUGCAGCCUGCAAGUACUCCAAGGAUUUCUACAAUGAGACCUCUUGCAACAGCAUAUAGAGCUUCCACUAGUGACUAUCAGGUGGUUUCUGACAGACAAACCCCAAGGAAAGAUGAAAGUAUUGUAUCUAAAGCUAUGGAAUACAUGUUUGGCUGGUAAUAAGCAAUGCAAAGUAUUACACUAAAACACAGGGCUACAAAUAAACUGCCAGCUUCCUGGUUAGUUGUAUAACCAUUCAUGGCAGUAUUUCAGCUUCCCUUCAUACCAGUUAUGCCUUUGAGAGGAGAAUUCAGCGUUCAUUGUUUGCACUUUAAAUGAUGGCAAUGUACACAGCGUUUUAAGAUGUUAAUCUUAAACUAAUCAGUGUAAAUACAAGUGGUCUCUUGCUGUUUGUGCUCUAGUGAUUGCAUGACUUCAGGAAAAAAGUCAGUACUGAUUUGCUGUAAGUUAUGGAAUUGUUAAUUAUACUUUCCAGUAAAGUGAGAAUGUAUAAAUAACACAGUUCACUGUUUCCCAGUAAUAUAACAAUAUUUCUUAAUCUUUUCUGGAAAGAUGGUAAGUGUUUUGCAGGAUGAACACUAUGUAUUCUAGUAAAAAAUGGGAUUUUUCUUGGGCUACCAAUUUUAAAAUGAAUGUUAAAUUUUAAUUUGGAUGCUAUUUAAUGUUUCUCUGUUUAUAUUAUAUAAUCAUCUUGGAGUUCCAUUCUAAAUGUUCAUAACAGCCUUUUAAACUUUUUAAUUUACAUUUUCCUAAUAAAAUUUAAUUAAGAGUUU